AUGUCUUCAACUCAAGGCCAUGAUGAUCAUGGUGCAUCCACGACACCUAGUAAUAGUAACAAUGCACCUCCCAACAAUAAUAAUAGUAGCAGUAGAUUUAUUCCCUUCUAUAUGAGAGACGAUUUACCACAGAAUCGUCAAUCGAAAUCUAAAGUCAAUCAACGAAGAAGACGAAAAACCAUUCAAGAUGUACUCCAACAAAAGUCAUCAUUGCCUGCUUCUUCCAAUUUGAAUUCAUCAUCAUUAUCAACGACUUGUCAUUCAGUAUCAUCAUCCUCAACAACAACACCCACGACAAGUACUUCUACACCAACUAACAUUCUGCCACGACAACCACUACCACCACCUCCUAUUCAACCCUCGAUUCAUUCUCAGCAUCAUCAUCCAGUUCAACAACAACAACUUCAACACCAGCCAUCAACGCAAUCACAACAUUCACGAACGCAAUCACACAGUAUUUAUCCACCCUCUCUAAGAGCUAGAUAUCCCUCUGUCUUGCAAUCAUAUCCUCAUUAUGUUCAAUUACCGACCAAUCCUCUGCCUUUUCCUCCCUCACCCUAUCAUAUACAUCAAUUCAAACAACAACAAGAGGACACAGCCAUGAAACUUUCCUCAUCGCCGUCUCCUAUGGGCUCAUCAACUGGUACUUCUCAAGGCUUACCUCUUUCAGAAAUUUCCAACCGAUUCGGAGGGUUGAGUGAGCAAUACAAAAAUUCUGCCUUGCAACGCUCUUCAUCGGCCUCUUCCUUACUCUCGAAAAAUGUCCUAUCGAGCCAUCAACAUGUGCAUCACAAUGAGGAGAAAUCCGUGAACCCAAAUGUAAUAUCAUCAUCUUCAUCAUUCUUGCAACAAGAUAGUAAUGAGGAGCACUCUCAUUCCGCAGCAGCAGGACACACAGAAGAACAUAUUCAUCAUGGAGUUGUUGGUGGUGGUGUUGUUGCAAAUAGUGAUACUUCAAAGAAUCAUCAAGAAACAACAUUGGUACAACCAACAACAAACGAUAAGCCGGUUCCAGUUGGCAGCAGCUUCAAAUCAAGCAUUGCUUCAUUUCUGUCGAGUAAUGGUUCUAAACAAUCUCCACAAAGAAGUAAUGCUCAUACUAGUAACGCAAAUACAUUAUUGAUUCCUUCUUCCUCGGCUGUAUCAUCAACAACAAGUAGCGGUAAAGUUGGCACAGCUUCAGCAUCGUCAAGUACCGCUGUUCAUAAGCUGAAACGACUUCAACAACAAAUUCGGUCAUCCGAUAAAGACCUUCAUGCCAUUAAUUCAUCAGCACAAGUAUUAAAUUAUUUGAAAAUGGUUCAGCAACAACAGCAAGCUUACAUUCAACAGCGUUUAAUGUUGCAAUCGAGUUCCAUACCAAAUCUUAAUGUAUCUGUGAAUCAUAUUAAGGAUCAAUUGUAUUCUAACAUCAAUAAUGCUAGUAGUAGUGGUAUCUCUAGUGAUAACAAUGCAACAAGAUCUUCCUCGUCCUACUUGCCCUCCACAUUCAUACCAAGUUAUCAAUUGGACCCUACUGUUGACAUGAUGAUAUCUAAUUGGGAAAAUCAAAUUCGGCAAACGAAACAACGUCAAAGAAUGCAACAACUGUAUAGGAGACCAAUUCCAAAUCUUAGAUUGCCUCCACAUCAAGACCACAGCCAGUACAUGAUGGAUUCUUCCUCGAGUGAAAGUAGUAGUGGUAUGGGCUCACAUUCCGAUCGAUCCGAAGCAUGGAUGAGUGCACGAUUCGGAGCGAGUACUCUGAGCAGCAGCAGUCGAGUGAGUGCACGUUCGAUGGGGAUUUCUCCACUUAAUUCACCAAGCUCAUCAUGUAGCAUGAGCUUGAGUGAUUGCACAGCCGCUGCAAAUGCCACUGCUUAUCACGAAAAUGGUGGUGACUAUAUCAUGAUUUCUCCUCACCAUCAACAACAACAACACUCUGCAAGAUCCAACAGUAAUAAUAGUAGGCUCACUGCAGAACAAUUAUCUCCUGAGGACGAAGAUGAAGACGGCGACACUUUAAUGAUCGAUGACUCUUCACCUACUCUUGACAAUAAUAAGGACAGCAGCAGCAACAACCUAUUACCCUCCAUUUCAAAGCUUAAUCUACCCAUUAAUCUUCCUCCCCUUAAUUUAUUAUCCCUCUCAAACAAAAAUUCUGCAAACAAUAAUUUAACAGACACAAGCAUUAACAAUAAUUCCUUGUCAACUCAAACUGGCAGUAGCUCAGCAAUGGAGGGAGUCAAGAGUUGUCCAACCACACCACACAGCCGAGAGAGUCAACAUUCAGCUCGGUCCCUCGUGGAACAUUCAGCAUCCUCUUUAGGAAUUCAACAAUUAUUUACAAAUCCCUUCUCGACGUCUGGCAAUAAUACGACUACUUUCAACUUUGGCGGAUCACAGUCUUCCACUAGUUUAGCUACAACCACUGUACAGCCCAAUUCAAUCUCACUUAAUACUUCUUCAUCUCCUUUACAUCAUCAACAUGCCUCUAUGAGUAGUGGCAGUAGUAAUUAUAGUUACAUUCCUGAAGGAUUUGUUACACACAGAACACACCAACAGCAUCACUUUUCCAGGAACACAAAGCAAAUUCAUCAUCAAAUUCACUCGUCUCAACACAUGUCCUCUUCGAGAUCAAGAGAGAAUCAUUUAGUGAAUGCUGAAAGUGUGAUUAACAAUAAUUCUGCUUCUAUCUGCCCGUCACCUAAAAGGUCAUCAAGUCAAUAUCUUCCCUAUACUCAUCUAACAAGUCCCAGAUCGUCAAAGAAAAAGAAGGUACAGGAAUCAUCUGAACCAGCAACCAUUUCUGAUCCAAGUGAUGUUCUUGGAAUUGAUUUUAUUCCUGAUGAGUCUUCGAAUUCUGCUCAGCCAAACGAAGAUAUUCAACAACGAAUGAGCAUGCAAUUGUUUCAAGCAAUCUUUAGACAUACUCCCCUACCUAUGUUUAUUUUAAACUCUAAAGGAAAAUUCAUGUCUGUGAAUCACGCAUUUAUAUCCAUGUUAGGAUAUGAGAGUGAAGCAUGUUUUACUGACAAGAAUGCCUUAGAAUUUGUUUAUUCUGAAACAGACAGUAUCUCACUCAUGACACAAAUUCAAAAGAGUGCUAUUGAGGGAGGUAUUCACCACAAUAAUGCCAGUGGAAGUAGUCUUGUAUCUCCUCAACAACAUUUUAAGAUGAGCUUGAAAGAUUCAAAUGGAUCAUUGAUACAAGCAGAAAACACAAUUUAUGUUCUUCGUGACGUCAUGUAUGGAUCUGGAGAGUUUUUUGUUUUCACUGUAACCAGCUAUCAAUCAAUUGCCGAUGGGCAAUAA